GCACAGUGCAAGUUGCUGCCAUCCACAUCUAUUUUAUUCUCCUUGGUGAAAGGAUUUACCUCCAUCCUGCAGCCAUGUCCUGCUAUGACCUCUGUCCUUCCAACCCCUGUGGCCCAACCCCACUUGCCAACAGCUGCAAUGAGCCCUGUGUCCGGCAGUGCCAGGACUCAACAUAUGUGAUCCAGCCCUCUCCUGUGGUGGUGACCCUGCCCGGUCCCAUCCUCAGCUCCUUCCCCCAGAACACCACUGUGGGAUCCUCGGCGUCUGCAGCUGUGGGGGAUGCUCUCAGUGCUGGAGGGGUCCCCAUCUCCUCUGGCAGCUCACUGGGACUCGGGGGCCUUGGCUAUUCAGGCCUGGGUGGCCUUUAUGGGAGGUCCUACCGUCGCUACAACCGCCGUGGGAGCUGUGGGCCGUGCUAAAACCCCAAGGAAAAACCACAAAGGAAAGGAACCAGAAGCUUAAAAGCAAGAUCCAGACACAGGACUGAGUUCAUGACCAUGGCCUUACGCUAGCUGACCACCCUCAGCUUUUCCCUGAGCUAAUGGGACUGCAGGAGCUUGGCAUUUCUGAUUUAAUGCCUUUCUCUGUUAUCAAUGAGGUGAAAAAUGUAACUUUGAUUGCUGCAUAUUGGCAUUGGGUGUCCAGCCAUAAAGCAUUGCCUUGAAAUGGAUGAUUAGUUUUAUCCAUAUUGAAACCUAUCGCUUUCCUGUGCUGUAUAUUUUAUUUU